UUGUCCCUGCCCAGUCUUGGGUCUCCCUACGCCCUCCCUCGGGACACUAGACUGAAAGACUGAAGGCUAUGCACUUCAUGAGGUCCGUCCCCGGAUCGGCCUGCUGGAAUGUGGCCUAGAUCCUCCAGCACUAGUCCUGUGGGUCAGAAGCAAGCCGUGGCAGGCGGGUGUCCCCAAAGACCUUUUCUUCCUGGAAGGCUAGUCCUGAAGCUGCCUUUCCCAAAGCCAGCAGCAGCUGAUGCCAUGACCAGACGCACACACUAAUAUCUGGGCUUGUGCCCUUGCUGCAGAACACUGAGCCUCACUUGCGCCUCUUGUUCCCUGAUCCCAUCCCCACACGCCCUGCCUUCUUCCCAAGACCCCAGCAUAACCAGGGAAGGACAGUCUGCCCCAAUGGUGGCCUAACCAUGAUUCCUAAUUUAGGCUCAAUAAUACUGCUUGGAACUAACACUAGGAUACUAGGAUUUGGGGUGUAUAUAUAUUUAGAUUGUGACCCAAGCUGGGCUUGAACCCCUGUUGAUGGGGGUGGGCUAGGAUGGCAAACACGUGUGUGCUCACACACCCUACCUGAACCUAUUCUGUCAGUUCCCUUUGCUCCCCAGACUCCCUAGGGGAAGGGGAGUUGCCCCAGUCUACUCUAGCCAGGGAUCCAAAAGCUGUUCCCGUGGGACUGGAGAGGUAUCCCAGGGGUUAAGAACACUGGCUACUCUUCCAGAGAACCAGGGUUCAAUUCCCAGGACCUCCUUAGGGGCUCACAACCAUCCAUAACUUCAGUUCCAGCUUUAAUACCAGGGAGAGCAGUGGCCACAGUGGCCCUGUCAGUCUAGCAUUCGGUACACUGAGGCAGAAGGAUCAUGGGGAAUUUGAGGACAGCUUGGAUGCAGAAUGAUGAGACUCUAUCUAAUAAAUGCCAGGCCACGAGGUGGCUGUUCCUGCCCCCAGCACCCUCAGUUCCUCUGUAGGGCUUAGACCAAGUACUGCCCUAAGCCCUGGAGUCCUACUUGACCUGGGCCUCCAGCCUACAUGGCUUUGCAGUUCUGGCCGCUUGGCCCAAGCCACAGAGCAAGCACACACCUACACCAACCACCUCCCUUUAGUGGACUCUGGACUUUCUCGUUCUGUCCCUCCCUGACUUCUCCUGAUUUCCCUGCACCUGACUGCCUCACACCCCCAGCUUUGGGUGGCACUGGUGUCAUCGUCCUCAUUGCUCAUGGCCUCCUGAAGCUUCUGGGGACAUCUCUCUGAGAUGUCCAUCCACAAUCUGCUUCCCAGCCGUUCUUAAGACGAAAAUAGCAGGGAAGGACAGGGCCACUCAGUCAUCACUACCCAGUCCUCCCCAUGUUCAGAUGCGGCAAGAGGUUCUGCCCCUGGCCAGGUGACAUGUGAAGGCCCUGGCCUGGCUUUACAUCUGCCGUACUGUGCUUUACCGUGUGACACUAUCAGGCCGAAACGGGCACCAGAAUGUGGAAGGCCCUGUCCCAAGAUCCCAGGUCCCAGACUUGGAUGUGCCCAUUUCAUAGAAUUGGAGAUAGGCAUGGAAAACUGGGGUAAGGAGGUCUGGCCUGGGAUGGGCAGGCCCAAGACAAAAGUCCAGGAGGCCUAGAGCACAGGGACCAGCACCAAUGAUGCCAUCUGGAUGGGCAGUCCCCACCCACAACUUCUGCAAAGCUGUUUGUGGUACAAAAAAAUAGACUGAGUUACUUCCUCCUGUGGCCCUCUUUACCACCACCACCACCUCCCCCAGCAUGUGGCCCCACUCCAGGAAAGCACUUUGAAUUCCCCAGGGAGGUGAGUGGGCAGGGCUGGCUGCUUUAAGAGGAGAACUCAGAGGCUCUGUUCUGCUGUCCUGUCCAAGAGUAGGUGGGAGGUGGCAGGGACUGUACCCCAGAACCUAGGACUGGGAGGCAGGAGAAGGGAGCUAGGCCAGGGCUUGAGAAAAGGGUCCCAGGAACUCUUGAUGGAUCAAGAUUAGGUCUGGAGAAACAUAUGCCCAGACCAGAGAGGAAGAAAAGAGACAGGCUGGGGGGUCCCUAGCCCCCAUCACAGUCACCCCACUUCUCCACUGACAGCAGCUGCCACUUGAGCCAUGGCUUGGCUGGCCCCACAUCAUGUGCUUGUGGCCAUUCUCCUGGGUCUGGCAGCCUCUCUGAACUGGAAGGCAGCCUCCAGCCUGAAUCCCUUCGAUAAGUGCAUGGAGGACCCUGAUUAUGAGCAGCUGCUCAAGGUGGUGACCUGGGGCCUCAAUCGGACCUUGAGGCCCCAAAGGGUGGCAGUUGUUGGUGCAGGUAUAGCCGGACUGACAGCCGCCAAGGUGCUCAGCGAUGCGGGACACAAGGUCACGGUCCUGGAGGCAGAUAAUAGGAUUGGGGGCCGCAUCCUCACCUUCCGGGAUGGGAAGACAGGCUGGAUAGGGGAGCUGGGGGCCAUGCGAAUGCCCAGCUCCCACAGGAUCCUGCACAUGCUCUGUAGGAGCCUGGGCCUCAACCUGACCCGGUUCACGCAGUAUGAUGAGAACACGUGGACCGAGGUGAAUGACGUGAGGCUGCGGAACUAUGUGGUGGAGAAGAUGCCAGAAAAGUUGGGCUACGACCUGAGCCACAGGGAGAGAGGCCGCUCCCCAGAGGACAUCUACCAGAUGGCACUCAACAAGGCCCUCAAGGACCUCAAGGCCUUGGGCUGCAAGAAAGCCAUGAAGAAGUUCAAUAGGCACACGCUGCUGGAAUACCUCCUUGGGGAGGGCAACUUGACCCGGCCGGCCGUGCAGCUCCUGGGAGACGUGAUGUCCAAGGAGGGCUUCUUCUACCUCAGCUUUGCAGAGGCUUUACGUGCCCACAGCUGCCUGAGCGACCGACUUCGGUACAGCCGCAUCGUGGGUGGCUGGGACCUGCUGCCACGUGCGCUGCUGAGCUCAUUGUCCGGGCCGGUGCUGCUGAAUGCGCCCGUGGUGGCGAUCACUCAGGGGGCGCACGAUGUGCUCGUGCACAUCGCCACUUCGGUACAGUCUCGUAGCCUGAAGGUGCUGAUGGCCGACCUGGUUCUGCUGACGGCCAGUGGGCCUGCGCUGCAGCGCAUCACCUUCACGCCACCACUGACGCGGAGGAGGCAGGAGGCACUGCGCGCGCUGCACUACGUGGCAGCCAGCAAGGUUUUCCUGAGUUUCCGCCGGCCCUUCUGGCACGAGGAGCACAUCGAGGGCGGCCACUCCAACACUGAUCACCCAUCGCGCCUUAUAUUCUAUCCGGCGCCGGGCGAGGGUUCUCUACUACUGGCCUCGUACACGUGGUCGGAUGCUGCAGCCCCUUUCGCCGGCCUGAGCACAGAACAGGCCAUGCGCCUGGCGCUCAAGGACGUGGCAGCCCUGCAUGGGCCAGUCGUGUACCGCCUGUGGGACGGCACAGGCGUAGUCAAACGCUGGGCAGAGGACCCGCACAGCCAGGGUGGCUUUGUGGUGCAGCCGCCAUUGUUUGGGCAGGGGGACGAGGACUAUGACUGGUCAUUCCCCUAUGGCCGCAUUUACUUCGCGGGUGAGCACACAGCCCUUCCACAUGGCUGGGUAGAGACUGCUGUCAAGUCCGCAUUGCGGGCAGCGGUGAAGAUCAAUAACCAUGUGUUGAGGGUGCCCAGCCCCCAGAAGCAGGAGCAUGCCAGUCUCCAGAAGCAGGAGCACACACACGCAGAAGCCAGAGAGGAUCAGGAUCAAGAGGUCAGCCCAGGUGAGCAGCAGCAGGAGGAAACCCUAGAGGGGCAGCAGUCCCAACACGAAGAGACCAGCCCGGUGAGACACGUGUUUGUGGAGGCCAUCCCUGAGUUGCGGGGACAUGUGUUCGUAGAGACCAUUCCCCAGGGGAAGGGGCAUACACACACACACAAGAAUAUCAUGCCUUCGCACAUGCAUGGGCAUGUCAUCCCUGAAGAGCACAUACACGGGGGACACAAACACGUGGGAUCUGGUCCCCAGCGGCACCGGCAUCUGCACAGAGGGGCAGGUCACACUCCGUGCAAAGGGGGAAGAAGCACCCAGUCCCCAACCCAGUCUAAUCUAGAGCAGGCCAUCUACAAUAAUAGCCCACAAUAAAAUUAUUUUUUUGUUAAACCCAGAGGCCCAGCUCCCUCCCUCCCUUUCCACUGCUCUGGUUUCCUGAAUGUAGCUGCCCUGGGCGGGUG